CCACUGUAAAUUAAUUCCAUCCAUUAGUUUCUCUCUAGAUCUGUACCCCCACUCUCUCUCGUCAACAUGUUUCUCUCUCUUGAACUCAUCACUGCUACUCUCCUCUGCUUGGCUAUCGCCGUCGCAGCUGAGCUUCCGCUCUUCCAACACCCGCCAAAACCCGAUGGCUCGCUCAGCGUUUUGGUCGUCGGAGACUGGGGAAGAAAAGGAACUCACAACCAGUCAGAAGUUGCUCUUCAGAUGGGGAUAACCGGAGAGAAAUUAGAAACAGAUUUCAUCAUUUCCACGGGUGAUAAUUUUUACGACGAUGGAUUAAUUGGGAUAGAUGAUAUUCAAUUCGACGAGUCAUUUACCAAUAUAUAUACAGCCCCUAGCUUACAGAAGCAAUGGUACGCUGUUUUGGGCAACCAUGACUACAGAGGUGAUGUGUUGGCACAAUUGAAUCCCGUCCUUAACAAAAGGGAUAGCAGAUGGCUAUGCCACAGAUCUUUUAUUGUGGAUGCAGAAAUUGUACAAUUCUUUUUCGUAGAUACAACUCCGUUCUCUGACAAAUACUUUGAUACGCCCGAAGAGCAUACCUAUGACUGGAGAGGCGUGCUUCCCCGGGAGAAUUACCUUUCAAAUCUCUUGAAGGAUUUGGAUUCAGCAUUGAAGGAGUCGAGUGCGAAAUGGAAGAUAGUGGUUGGGCACCAUACAAUUAGAAGCGGUGGAUCCCAUGGCAACACAGUGGAGCUCGUAGCAAGACUUCUACCAAUACUUGAAGCAAACAGCGUUGAUUUCUACAUAAACGGACACGACCAUUGCUUGGAACACAUCAGUAGUCAUGACAGUCCGCUUCAAUUUUUCACUAGUGGUGGUGGGUCCAAGGCGUGGAAAAGAGAGUUUCACUGGGUGAACCCUAAGGACAUGCACUUCUAUUAUGAUGGACAAGGGUUUAUGAAUCUCCACAUUACUUCCACCGAUGCUGAAUUCAAGUUCUACGACAUUACUGGCAAUCUUUUACACAAAUGGAGCGCAUCCAAGCCUCUAUACUCUGCUAUCUAAGACCAAUGAUACGACGACACUUGGAUUGUGAUACUGUGGGUUGAUGGCAUCCAAAUAGCUAGCUAGCUAGCUAGGCUUGGGGAAUAUUAUUAUGUACUGUAAUUUAAGUGUGAUAUAUAUUCUUACCUCCUCCUUUAUGGGAUAUCUUAAGGAGGAAUAUUAUUUACCUAAUUAAUUAUUAAUAUGUUAUUAAAAAAGAUUAGAUGAUCUUUUAACAUGUAAAAGCCCUUGUACUGCUGCGAUGGAUUAAAUACUAGCAUGGCAUGUGUUUUGGCUUUAA